UGGCUUCAUAUUCUCUAUCUUCUUCUUUCUCCUUGCACUACAUAGCCUUAAUAAAACAUUCCAAAGAAAGUAACAUCUUCAAAGUUCUUCUCUUUAUUUCUUAUUCUUUUAUGGGGUGCUUCUUGUUGCUGGUCUUGUACUCAUGCAGUUAGAUUUCUGAGUAGAUGAAUUCUAUUUUACAACACCAGGAGUUUUCUUCCUUGUACGUUUGAUUUCCGUUUGCUGUUUAGUGUGAAAAUGGGAAAACAUUGGUCUUUCUUCCAUGUUAUGGGUACCCUUUUCGUUUUGUCCAAAGUGUGUUUAGCUGGGACUCAAUACACUGGAAGGGUCUCACCCGUGUUGAAGGGUUCUCAAAUGAAUUGGAUUGACAGAGAUGGCAUGUUCCUCUUGUCGAAUGAGGGACAAUUUGCCUUCGGAUUUGUCACCGUAAGUAAUGACAGCACCAAGUUUGUACUUGCAAUCACCCACGUGGCUACUUCCAGGGUGGUUUGGACUGCUAAUAGAGCAGUUCGUGUUUCUAAUUCCGACAAUUUUGUGUUUGAUGAAAAGGGCAACGCUUUCUUACAGAAAGAUGGAACCGUGAUAUGGUCCACAAACACUAGUAGCAAAGGGGUUUCUUCAAUGGAAUUGAGGGACACUGGGAAUUUGGUUUUGCUUGGAAGUGAUAAUAGUACCAUAAUUUGGCAGAGUUUCACCCAUCCAACGAAUACUUUGUUGCCAAAUCAGGAGUUCACAGAGGGAAUGAAACUCAUCAGCGAUCCAAGCUCAAACAACUUGACCCAUGUUCUUGAGAUCAAGUCUGGUGAUGUUGUUCUCACCGCAGGUUUUCAAACUCCGCAGCCUUAUUGGACUAUGCAAAAGGACAACCGCAAAGUCAUCAAUAAGAUUAACGGUGAUGCGGUGGCUUCAGCAAACAUUAGUGAAAACUCAUGGAGGUUCUAUGACAAAAGCAAAUCGAUGUUGUGGCAAUUCAUUAUCUCUUCAGAUUCAGGCACUAAUGAUACUUGGAUUGCUGUCUUGGGGAGUGAUGGCUUCAUCACUUUCUCGAACCUCAACGGUGGAGUGUCAAAUGCUGCUGCUGCUCCAACAAUACCUCAAGAUCCUUGUGAUACACCAGAACCUUGUGAUGCAUACACCAUAUGCUCAGAUAACCAAAGAUGUAGCUGCCCUUCUGCUGUUCCUAGUUGCAAACCUGGUUUUGAUUCUCCUUGUGGUGCUGGCUCAGAAAAGUCCAUUCAGCUGGUUAAAGCUGAUGAUGGACUUGAUUACUUUGCACUUCAAUUCCUUCAACCUUUUUCCAAAACUGAUUUGGAUGGUUGCCAAAAAUCUUGCCGUGGAAACUGCUCAUGCCUUGCUUUGUUCUUCCACAGAAGUUCAGGGAACUGUUUCCUGUUGGACAGUGUAGGAAGCUUUAAGAAACCUGAUUCUGAUUCUGGUUAUGUUUCUUACAUCAAGGUAUCGAGAGAUGGAGGCACUGGCGAGGGUUCUGGGGGCAGUGGAGGUGGCAAUAAGCACACCAUAGUUGUUGUGGUCAUUGUCUUAUCAACCUUGCUAGUCAUUUGUGGUAUAGUCUUUGUGGGAGUUAGAUACCACAGGAGAAAGCAAAGGUUGCCCGAGUCUCCUAGACAGGAUUCAGAAGAGGACAAUUUCUUGGAGAAUUUAACUGGUAUGCCAAUUCGGUACAGCUACAAGGACCUUCAAUCUGCCACUAAUAACUUCUCUGUGAAGCUUGGACAAGGGGGGUUUGGAUCAGUUUAUAAAGGAGUUCUACCUGAUGGGACUCAAUUAGCAGUGAAGCAGUUGGAAAGUAUCGGACAAGGGAAGAAAGAGUUCAGGGCUGAAGUUAGCAUCAUUGGAAGCAUUCAUCACCUCCAUUUGGUUAGGCUCAAGGGAUUCUGUUCUGAUGGAACUCAUAGGCUUCUUGCUUAUGAGUACAUGCCUAAUGGCUCCUUGGAUAAAUGGAUAUUCAAGAAAAACCAAGGUGAGUUUCUGUUGGAUUGGGAUACUAGGUUCAACAUAGCUUUAGGAACAGCUAAAGGACUUGCUUAUCUGCAUGAAGAUUGUGACUCUAAGAUUGUUCAUUGUGACAUCAAGCCCGAAAAUGUGCUCCUGGAUGAUCACUUCAUGGCCAAGGUUUCGGAUUUCGGGCUGGCUAAGCUCAUGAAUCGAGAACAGAGCCACGUUUUCACAACACUCAGAGGCACCAGAGGCUAUCUUGCUCCGGAGUGGAUAACGAACUAUGCUAUAUCAGAGAAAAGUGAUGUCUACAGCUAUGGGAUGGUGCUGCUUGAGAUCAUUGGGGGAAGGAAAAACUAUGAUCCUGGUGAGACUUCAGAGAAAUCUCAUUUCCCAACUUAUGCUUUUAAGAUGAUGGAAGAAGGGAAGCUGAGGGAUAUUUUUGACUCGGAGUUGAGAAUUGAUGAGAAUGAUGAUAGGCUUCAAUGUGCUAUAAAAGUUGCAUUGUGGUGCAUACAAGAAGACAUGUCAAUGAGGCCUUCUAUGACAAGAGUUGUGCAAAUGUUGGAGGGUCUUUGUACUGUUCCUAAGCCACCAACCAGUUCUUCCUUGGGUUCUCGCCUUUACUCCAAUGUGUUCUUCAAAUCUUCCAGUGAAGGAGGCACCUCUUCUGGCCCAUCUGAUUGUAACAGUGAUGCUUAUCUCUCUGCGGUUCGUCUUUCAGGGCCAAGAUAACAAUAGCUGUUUCUUGCUAUUUUUUUGGGUGUUGUAUUGUUGAGUAAAUAAGUAUGUAAUGUAGCAGAGUCUUCAGGUUUAGCUACUCUUGAUUGUGUGAGGUUUUCAUGCUUCCCGCUCUUGUACAUUUUGUUCAAGUUCCUCAAAUUUUGUAAUAUAAAAAGCUACUCAUAAUCA